UUCAAAUUAAAACUGCUACUCAAACUCACCCCACAUUUCAGAAAAAGGUUCAAUACCAUUAUGCAAACCUACCUUUCAAAUUGAAUAAAACCCCAUUUUUAUUCGAUUAAAGUACCCAACAUAACAUAAAAUAUGUGGUGUGAACCGUGUGAUCAUAAUUCAUGAUACAACUUUGCAGUUACUCAAUCAAACCCGCUUCUUCCUUUUUUUUUUAGUUCCUUCUCUUGAAUUUCCAUUUAAUUUUUUAAUUAUUUUUUUUUGAGAGAGAAUUUCCAUUUAAUUAACACCCAAAAGUUGUCCGAAUUUUGCCGUUGUUUUUAGUCAACCUUCUCUACAACUCCCACAUAAUAAUAAAAAAUUAAAAAAACUCAUCUUCUUAAUUUCCUCUCAUUAUUUCUACAUUUAAUAUACUCAAACAACAACGUUGCUCGUUUUCUCCCAGUUCAACAAUUCCUCAAAGUCUCUAACAAAUGUACCCAAGGGUGAAAGUAAGGACUUUAGAGGAAGAUGAUGAGUAUGAUCGCUCCAGAAGUCCACUGCAGGGUUUUAAUUCACUCUCCAUUGGAGUUUCUACUUCCCCUGUCAAACAAUCAUCAUCGACAUUAUCAGUUGCCAAGGUACCAAGGUCAUACAUCCCAAGAUCAAUUACUCCGCCCCCGUCCUUAUCAAAACACACAAAAAAGGCCGAAUCAGAAGAUAAUGGUAUUAAACCCCAUAUCAGAGCUAGUUCAAUCCCAAGGCCACGCGCUGUGAUUUCUAGCCCUGAUAAUGACCAAAUCUUGGGAUGUAAAAACGAAAUGAGGUUUCAACGACCAGCCAUGAAAACUCAUGUCUUGGGUCAGCGCAGAAAGUCGGAAGAAUGGUGCACUCGAACGAUUACUAAAUCAGCCUUGAAAAACCACAACUUGGCUCACAGCAAACAUUCAGAAGGAAGCUGCACUCGAACAAGUACUUCAUCUACCUUAAAAACCCACGACUUGGCUCAUAUCAGACAAUCAGAAGGAAGGUGCACUCGAACGAGUACAACCUCCAAGAAACCCUUAAAAAGAGGGGAAUGUAAUUGUAAUUGUAACUGUAAGGAGAUGACUCAUGCCAGUGAUGUGAAAGCAGAGAAAGGGUCAGCUAUACAUGUACGAGUUCCAAUAACAAACAUUACUAAAGCAAAACCUUGCUUCAUGAUAACAUGAUUGAAUCAAGGUAGUCAUGUAAACUUACACUUUCUCAAUGAUAUGAUGUAUGCUAAAGAAUACCCAACCCCUUUUAUGGCUC